CCAUCAACAAAGCAUUGUUGUCCCAAGACUGAUCGAAGCUUUACCUUACCUGGGGAGCUAUGAAGUCUCAGUUUUGAACAGUUUUUCCUUGGAAGCCUCCUGGAUGAUUGCAAACCCAUGUCACCAUUUACACCGCAGUUUUCUCUUCUCGCCUAAUUCGUAGGUUACGGGUGGAAGGAGCAGACACCAUGGCUACGACUCUGUAUGUGUCUGCUCCCUGCAGUUGUACUAAUUCUGCUUUCGAAUUCAUUCUUUGCAGCUUCUCUUCCGGAGUAGUUAGGCCGUUUCUGCUCGUCAAACAAAGGUUUGCGGCGUGUCCUUGCCAGGCAUGGAGCAGCUGCCGUGGUAGUUUAAUUUCAGAGGUAGGGAUGACUUCGUCAGCUUCGAUAAGCUCUGGGGGUAUGAUUUCAAGAGGCAAAGUAAGAGGGUUUGGCGCGAUGGUUGGAAUGUCAGACGAUUUCCACGAGGGGAGACGAAGGUUCGAGAGCUCGAAGGAGGAGACACACUGGGUAUUGAACAGACGGCAGGUGCUGCUUGGAAGCCUUUUGACGUCAUAUCCCCUUUUUGUAACACAGGGCAUGGUUGCUCUCGCGGAUCUGACACAAGAGCUUGAAAGCAGCUCCUCGGCUGAGACCCAGGAGUCUGCCGAAGUUGACACGUUUGGGUUCGAUGGACUCGGCAGCAGGGAAGAGGAGUACGCGGUUGGCAAAGUUGUGGCUCUGGCACAGGCCGGCGAUGGGGCAGUUCUCUUUCUAGGGGUGGAUGGAUUUGACCUACCUCUGCAAAUGGUCGUCGGAGCUGCAGAGGCUAUGGCCAUCUUGACAGCAGCCCAAGACCGGCGAAGCCGCAGGCCAGUGACACAUGAAGCUUGGGGCUCUUCGCUUGCUGCCGUUGGUUGGAAGGUAGAUCACGUUACCAUCACCACCAUGGAGAGCGAUGUGUUCUAUUCCAGACUAGUGUUGGCUCUGGGUAAGAGUCUGGAUAAGGAAGCAGCUGAAGUGUCCAGGAAUGAUCGAUUCCGCAGCGUCGACACGCGUCCCUCUGAUGCCAUUGCGCUUGCCUUGCGGUGCCGAGCCCCUUUGUUUAUCAACAAGAAAGUGGCAGAGGAAGCUGUGGGCGCGUUGAUCAAAGGAGCUGACCCAGUUAAGAGGCCCUCUGAUCCCCUCAACCAGCCAGGAUUACAAGCUAAGUCUGCCAUUGACACCUCUUCCAACAAUUUCUUGGACAGAUUUGCUUCGCAAGCCGGAUCAAAUCGCGAGCCACUCUGGAGAUCUAGUGACAAUGAUUCAUAUAAUGAUAUUGUACAUAAUUUUAAACCAAUUCAUUGGAAGAGUCGAGGAACACUCAAGCUGUACCAGUCGACUCUGUAUGUGUAAACUGUCAGCUCUUGAAAGUUAUAUGCAAUUAGAAGAUCAAAUCAGUCGUUUGGCAUUCAUGUGGACAGCCAUUGUAUAUGUACUUCUAGUUCAGAUUUUUUGAUAGUCUUGCAUGAGCCCGAUGAUGCAUUGAAUUGUGUUUAAAACGGUAUGGGCUUAACUGUAAUUAAAUUCAGCUCAUUUGUUUCUGGCAAUGGUUACCUUCC